AUAUGAGUCUGAAUAACCCAUGCAGUUGGUAGAGAAUUGUUAGAUAACCUACGAAUGAAGACAAGCAGUCCAUACUGGUCACGGGAUGACAUCUAUAUUGAUGAUGACGGGAACCUGGAGGGUUCAGGUGGAGGUCAGCGGGAGGUGAAGGAUGACCUGGAGUCCAGUGGGUCAGGGUUUGGUCCUGACGAUGAAGAUGCAGAAUCUGGUUCAGUUAUAGAUGCAGUUCCAACACCUAAGCUGCCAAUAAUAGAGACACCCAUCAAAAAAAUUGAAGAGCCACACGUAGAAUCUGUGCCUCCAUCAACGCCAGUCGAAGGAGGUGACAACACGGGGCGUGUGGUUCCACCGCCAGACGAAGAUAACGGAGAUAAAACUGAGGGUAACGACGUGUACAUCAUGAACACAAAAACAGAAGAAAGGGCCACAUCAUUCUUUGCACAGCCAGGAAUACUUGCAGCGGUGAUUGGUGGUGCAGUGGUUGGUCUGCUGUGUGCCAUCUUGGUAGUCAUGUUCAUUGUAUAUCGGAUGCGCAAGAAGGAUGAAGGCUCAUACGCUCUGGAUGAACCAAAACGAUCUCCAACCGUCAAUUCGUACACAAAAAAUUCAAAUCGUGAAUUCUUCGCUUGAAGAGGGCAGGAGAAAUGAAGCAAUUCUUGAACUAGAAUAAGAAAGCAAAAUGAAUCGAAGUUUUCUUCGAAUGAAAGCCACAAAUGUUGCAACAACCGCAAAUUGAAAGGAAGCAAUGAUAGGUGAGGGAAAUGGUGUAGCAUGUUUGCUCGAAGGUAAAGGAAUCAAUGGCAGGACGAAUUAUAAACAUGAUUUUUUAUUUAAAUCAAUUUUAUAUUAAUGGAAAGGACCUAUAACUCGGUAAUAAGAUGGCAUGUUGCAACCUGAUCUCGGAGUAGAUCAGUUUCCGUAGAAACUUGAACAGCUUUGUUUUUAAAUGAAAAAAUACAAAAUUGUAAAAUCAAUAAAGUGAUCUUGGAGGCAAACUUAAUAUUCGGCAUGUUUUAAGGAUUGAAGGAUUUAGUACUGCAGUGAAUUUUAUUUAUGAAACACAGUGGCAGAAGACACAUAUUGGUUGUUUAUAUCUGAAGUGGAGGUGGUGAGACUUUGGACUGUGAGUUCCACAGCUGUAACUGUUUCCAGUUAUCUCCGGACACAGCCUUAAUCUCGGUAAUGAUCUGCAUUAUCACUUGAAGGAACUGGUUACUAUUUCACCAUUGUAAGAAAUUCUUUUCCACAUUGAAACAGUGUAGCAGUAACACAAAGGCAUCACAUAGCAUCUAAACAUUGUUACUGUCUCUAACACAUAGUUUUGUUAUUUUGAAUGUGUUAAUAUUAUUUGUAUGCUCUUCUCUCUGAAUUUUGUUUCAUCAUUGCUUUCAUAUAUGCUGGAACAAUUUUUCUGACAGUUCAAGGUCAGUGUAUCUUGAUCAGUUAAAAUAUCUGGCUCAAUAAUGACUUCAUUUGUUCUUAAACAGUAGGUAGUGUGAAGGGAACAGAAUAACCAUACAACUUGUUCCCUGAAAGUGUGAUGAGAUCACAAUUGCCUGGUAUUUUGAGAGAUCAUUCCAAGCAAAACAGAAACACUGGAGCAGUUUAGACCAAGUGGGGUCGAUAUAAAUUAUAUUUAAAGGUGCACAGAGCUUUUAUACCAAGGAACACCUUCCUCUACCAUGAUAAGAGUUUUUGGAGGAGAAAAAUUGCAUUUUCUUUGUUAUUGUUAUGCCAAGUAAAAUUUUUCUCCUCUGAUAAGGAAGGUCUUAGCAUAAGUGAUGUAUGUUGAUUGUGUUUACAUAAGUAUGAUUUUUGGUGUUCUUAAAAAAUAUAUGUUGGUAUACUAAGUUCUGACAUGGGUUACAAACAAAAGUGAAAAUUCUGUAAAUUGGUUGCACCAGUGUUCUCAUAAGUUUUGAUGGUUGGUUGAAUGUUUAUGAUUCCAGCCACUGGUAUGUUACAUUUAACCAAUGGAUCAAAUGCUUUUAUCAUUACUCUCUUCAGAGAUGAAAGGCUGCAAGAUGAAAAGUUGUAUGGAGCAAAUAAUACCGUGUCAGCUGUCAGGGAGGAGUCCUGUGUGUUUCUAAUGUUACGUGGUGUUUUAUAAGCAUUUCUCUAUUGGCAUAAUAUGAGAAUAUUAGAAAUUAUCUAGGUGUGUAAUUAUGGAAUAUUAUUAACCAGCAUCACUGACAAACAUCAGGGAUAAGAUGAUGGUAUAAGUUUGAAGUUAAAUGUGGCCAUAUAAUAUAUUGUCAGUACAAUGCAGGAUGAGUGGCUGUUUUUAAUAACCCUAAAAACACACAUGUAAGGUGUGUGGCUUCUCUUUUUCGUUCUCUCUUUUCUUCCAUUACAGGUGCAGUAAGUAUGAAUGGUUCAAAUGUAAGAUUGUUCUUAGGUUUUUAAGUUUGCUUUAUACCAUGUGACUGUUGAUGAAACAUCAGCAGGAAGAUAAAGUAAAACGGUUUUGUCCAUGUAAUGUUUAAAUUCUUGCAGUAGUGACUGCAGGAACAGCUCAUGGGAAGCUGUCAUCGCUUUGGCCACCGGAUUCUUCCAUGUUGAUGUUUUGGACAGUUAGCACUUUGUGUUUGUACUUGUCAAUAUUGUGAAACAAAGCAAGCAUUAAUUAAUUGUUACAGUUGUCAGACUUGCAAUACCCAUCUCCUUGCAAGGUAGGAAGUUUGUGGUUAAUUUGUAAUGUAUGCUUAUGGAUGGUUCCUUGUAAAAUAUUACCAGAUAUAUUUAUGUGUCUGAUUUUUAUAUUUGCAUUAUGAAUAGACUGCACUGCAUUGCUGACACAAGGCAUAGACUGACUAACAAAAUUCCACGCACAAAUGAGUUCUAAUGUCAUGAAGUACCAGCUCUGGUGUCUUAAAGUAAAUUUUAUCAUAUUGAUUUUGACAGUUUUAUGCUAACUUUUGGUUUAAGUGAAGAUAAAUCAAUUUGUUCACUUAAUAUGAGCCUUGCUUAACUCAUGGUUUGCAUUAUGAACUUAAAAAAAACAACACUAAAAAUUGGAGCAAAAUACAUUACCGCAUGAAAUGUAUUUCAUUUUUUAAUUUCUAUAUUUUAUUCUGUCACCACAGUAGGAAGUAAAGAAAUUUCACCCCUACAGUUAUGACAAUAAACUGAACAAAGUAAAGAAAUUUUGCACCCACAAUAUGAUGCUGAAAUAACAAUAUUUCAUUUUUUAAAGUUUGCGGUCGCUCAGUGUACAUGAAUUUUGUGUGUGUGUGUGUGUGCAUGCGCGUGUGUGUAUAUACUUCGUUAAUGACAAAGUACCAGACAGGUUUUGCCUCUGUGUGGUCUGGUAGACAGUGCUUCUUUCCACUGCCUGAUCAGGCAUGGAACUUCCUACACUGACAGCUCAUCAGGCUGGCUGUCAGUCUAGAGUUAUGAUAAUGCUGCCACUAAAUGACAAGCUGCUGACACUUUCAUAUGACAGGAAUGUGCAAUUGUUUAUGCAGCAGUAUGUAAAAAAUAGUGGACACAUUGAUAGGAAAUGAAUUCAGCUAAGAUUAUAAAGUUUCAGAGUACUUCAGCAAGGUAGUACAGUUUAGCCCCAGUGUCAGUGAAUUUAAAAAGAAUGGGACACAAGUGUGGGCACUGCCAGGAUUUUUUCCCCCAAGGAAGGGCAGCCAGAAAAUUUGCUUAUAGACUUAAGUUCCUUCCAUGUAAGAUUAUCUGUACUGAUUUCACUAGAGUAUUCCAGAUAAGAGAAUAAUUUUCUUAACAAGUAAUUUUGAGAUCUGGUAUAUUUCCUUCGUUUUUCUCCUUUCCCGUUCUUUUUAAAAUGGGGGUGGGGGUGCCUCACCCCUCCAAGCAUAUGGUGAUAGAAUAUUAUGCAAGCAUGUAAGGAAAUGUUUCCUCUUGGUGGUGGUCCCCACUGUUGAUGACAUUCCACCAUUGCUGAAGUAUUUAAAGGAGCAUGUUAUAGCAUAUAUAAAGUAGUUUCCCAUUUUAGUUAUAAAUACCCCAGUUGCUUCACUUCAUUAUAGCAGAGUAUGUGUUUGCAAUAUCAAGAUUUAUUACAACAUUAAAAAAAUUAUAAUUAAUGAAGAAACCUAGAGGGAAGUAAUUUUAUUAAUAUAUUUGUCAACUCCAGGUGGUUAUUAAAUAUUUCUUUACAGUUGCAUUUAAUGAGAAGUUAUCAAUCAGUGAAUGCCUCUCCUGUUACUACCCAUAUCACUGGGAAUUUGACUGGGAUUGUAUUUUUACCGCUGUGUUCAGUCAAGCUGUUUGGCCUGUGGCAGUCUCCUACCCAGAGGGUACUAGAAAUAAAGCUGUCUAGUGCCAAGAGUAAGAGACUCCACUCUUCCAUAGCCUCAUGAUGUGGUUCUGUAGCUGUACUGAGUGGACAGCUGCAAAUUGUUUUGUGCAGCAGGUAAAAAAUAUGCUGAUUUUCAUGUCCACAGAGGUGAUACAUAAGUCAGAUUUAUAAUAUAUAUAUAUAUUUAUUUAUUUACAUGUGUUUAAAUCCUACAUUUCAUUCAAAGUGUGGGAUUGAUAAAGGAUUAAAGAGAAGGGGAGAACAAUAGUUCAUUGAAGGUCGCAGUGCACGGGCCCGAUAAUUGUGGUCCACACCUUAUGCAUUCAUACAGGUGUUUAAAUAUGUUAUGUCCAGUUUUACAAAAAUGAUGCGCUGCUGUUUGCUCAGAUUCUCGUUUAUUUUUUUUUAUUGCUAAGGGACUAAGUCCCUUGUACUGCGGCCACUUCUGACCAAUUGUACCAGCCCCA